UACGCAACGGGAAGUAUAAGGGAAAUUGAGACAGGUUAGAUUUGGAUUUCUCUGGAUAAACGUCUGUGUAACAAGAGAAGUUACGUUAACAUCACGAGUGUGUGAAAGCAGAUGAACAGCUAACACUAACCACAAAGAGUGGCUGGUACUGUACUUUAGACACUGAUACAGACAAAAACUCCGGAGCAUGAAACCACUAAGAGAUGCUCUGUUGGGAGCCUUUACUUUUUUUGCUUCUCCCCUCCCUCACGAUGUCUGUGGCAGUAAUGGACUCCCUCUCACCCCCAACUCCAUCAAGAUAUUAGGACGUUUUCAGGUUCUGAAAACGAUCUGCCAUCCCAGGUUAUGCCAGUAUGUUGACAUCUCUAGGGGGAAGCAUGAGCGCUUGGUGGUAGUGGCUGAACAUUAUGAGAAUAACUUGAUGAACCUUUACAGACAGUGUAAACCAAUCUGCCCAGAUGAGCUCCUGCAGAUAGCCUAUGAGAUCUUGGAGGGAUUGGAAUUCAUGAACAGACAUGGAAUUGUUCAUCGAGCCCUCUGUCCCCAAAAUGUCCUUUUGGAUUGUAAGGGUAAUGUGAAGUUAGCCAAAUUCGGUUUUUAUCACAUGACAGAUCAUGGUGCAGACGUGGACUUCCCCAUAGGACACCCAUCAUAUCUGGCCCCAGAAGUCAUUGCGCAAGGCCUGAUCCAUCCAAACAGCUCUUUUCAUGGUAACACCCCUUGCAUGUCUGGACCAAAGACAGAUGUGUGGUCCUUGGGAAUAUUGCUCUUCGAGCUGUGUGUGGGAAGACGACUCUGGCAGAAUAUUGAAAAAAGUGAAAGCUUUAAAUUUAUACUCACCUUAGGUUGUAUGGAUGAUAUAGUCACAGUUCUUGCAGAGGAGCAUGGGUGCUUGGAGAUUAUUAAGGAUUUGCCUGAGAAUUUGCUUUUAUUGCUCAGAAAGUGCCUGACGUUUCUUCCUAGUAAGAGGCCCACACCUGCCCUGCUCUUGGAUGACCCUGUCUUUGAACAUGUCUCUGGCCUGACUGAACCUUUCUACACGUCCAUCAGCCUCUUCUCAUCCUUUCCUCGCUCGGCCCACCUGGAACUCCCUGAUGACAUCCUUAAUAUAUGCAAAGAUGAAGGGAACGCCUACCUCACAGAGAGAGCCAUAGAUGAAGUGUAUCACCUCUGGUGUCUGGCUGGGGGAGACCUGGAGAGGGAGCUGAUAAACAAGGACAUUAUCCGGUCUAAACCAUCCAUUUGCACUCUAUCAAAAUUAAUUUUGGAUGAUGGACAGUCAUUUGGCCAGGGCAGGGACAGAAGUUUCCUCUUGGAUGAUACCACUGUGACUCUGUCACUGUGUCAGCUGAAAAAUAGACUGAAGGAUGUGGCUGGUGAAGCAUACUACCCAUUGCUGGAGGAUGAGUAUGGAAACAUGAUAUACAGCGCCCUCCAUAAUUAUUGGCACCCCUGGCAAUCUAACUUACCUCAGUCCAACAGCAACAAUGAACUUUCUACUACAGUCUCCCUGCCCCUCAUUAUCCGUGAGAGAGACACAGAGUACCAAUUAAUGCGUAUUGUACUCUUUGAUAGGCUUCUCAAGGCUUACCCAUACAAAAAGAAUCAUGUGUGGAAGGAAGCUCGUGUUGACAUACCCCCUCUCUUUAGAGGCUUGGUGUGGGCAGCUUUACUUGGUGUGGAGGGAGAUAUUCAAGCAAAAUACAACAGCAUUGAUAAAGACACCCCUAUACCAACAGACAGACAGAUUGAGGUGGAUAUCCCCCGCUGUCAUCAGUACGAUGAACUCUUGUCCUCCCCACAAGGCCAUAUGAAGUUUCGAAGGGUUCUGAAGGCCUGGGUAGUAUCACACCCUGAUCUGGUCUACUGGCAGGGUCUAGAUUCCCUAUGUGCCCCAUUCCUCUAUUUGAACUUCAAUAAUGAAGCUUUGGCUUAUGCCUGCAUGUCUGCAUUCAUCCCGAAAUACCUCUAUAACUUCUUUCUGAAGGACAAUUCACAUGUGAUACAAGAGUAUCUGACCGUCUUCUCUCAGAUGAUUGCGUUCCAUGAUCCUGAGCUCAAUAAUCAUCUGAAUGAAAUUGGAUUCAUCCCAGAUCUUUAUGCCAUUCCAUGGUUCCUUACAAUGUUCACACAUGUCUUCCCCCUUCACAAGAUUUUCCACCUGUGGGACACACUUUUGCUUGGCAACUCUUCCUUCCCCUUCUGUAUUGGUGUGGCCAUUUUACAACAGCUGAGAGAUCGCUUAUUGGCCAAUGGCUUUAAUGAAUGCAUCUUGCUUUUCUCCGACCUACCUGAGAUUGACAUUGAGCGUUGUGUCCGAGAAUCCAUCAAUCUAUUCUGUUGGACUCCCAAAAGUGCCACUUAUCGACAGCAUGCACAGGUUCCCAAAACCACCAGUGAGGGUAGCAGUAGUAGCAACUUUGGGAAAACCAGUAUCUACCUUCACUCAGACUACCAAGACUUUGCCAAGACUGAUUUAUCUCGGGAGCCACUAAAGUUGUCUGAAUUAAAAGCGGAGGUGUCUCCACGAAUCUCUGCAGAAGACCUGAUUGAUUUGUGUGAACUUAGAGGAUCAUCUCACUUCAAAACCCCCAACAAGAGAGCCAGAGUUGGCAAACCCAAGAUACUGGCAGUUGACAUCCGUAGCCCAGAGGACUUCAACCGAGGCCACAUCUCUGGCAGCAUCAACAUCCCUUACAAUGCGUCAUUGGGGUCGGAUGGAGAGUUAGUCACCUGCCCUGCUGUUGCCACCCUAAGCAGCUAUAGAGGGCGAGUCAUAGUGGUGCUCAGCAAUGUGGUGAAAAAUGCAGUCACGUUUGCCACUCACCUGGUUAAAAUGAAUUAUCCCCGGGUCUGUGUCCUGGAUGGAGGCAUCAAUAAAAUGAAGGUUACUGGACUCCUAACUGUACCCUCUCCUCAGAUAUGACUUAUGAAGUUAUUUAGUAUGGCUUCUGCACAUAGGAAUCAUUAGGCAUUGACUUUGAUCCUAAUGCCUAUAUCAGUUCUUAAGUCUGGUAUAUCUACUAAAAGCAGAAAUAAAAGCACUGAACAAGAACUAAAUUUGAACAUGAUCACUUCCAUCACCUUGUGCAUAAAUCAUUGUAGGAGAGAUCAUUUUUAGUUCAGGUUGCUUUAUCUGUUUUUGUUCAAUAUAGAAAGCAUACAGUAUAAUAAGCACAUUUCUGUAAAUAUGAUUCAGUGCCAUUCAACUUUCCUUUGUUUUGUUAAGGAGUCCUGUAAAUACAUAUGUUUAUAAAGCUCAUUUCAUGUGGUAGAUUCUGCUCAAAGUGGUAUUUAAGUUUACAGUUAAGUUUGUAUUUACUACUGUGUCUGUGUUCUCACUGCUUAAUAUUGGUCAUAAAACAAAAUAAAUCAUUUGACUCCAUUCAUUUGAAUUAUAUAUUUACUUGUUGACAAUACAUGUUGUUACCCUUGCCAUUACUUCUGUACAAUCUUUCAAACAACAUUUUCCAUUAAUUUUAAGAUUCAUAACAAUAUUAAUGAAUGCCAUUGGCAGAACUGCUUCUAGUUUGUUUUUCUUUUUGUUGUAAAUCCCACACAGAGUUGUCAGCAGUAAUUUUAUGUGGCUUACAUUAGAUGUCAACCAGUAGCAACAACACACACUCAGGGUCAACCAUAUGGCAAUGAUUAUGAGGGCUUUUGGAGAUUUUUUGUGUGAUUUGUUACCAUUGACUAUAUUUAGACUGAAAGUAUUGUUUGAAAUUGGUCACCCGCCUUAAACCCCUGUUAUCUGAAAAUAUGUCACCUGUAAAUAACAGAAUGUUGUCCUCUGUAAAUGUACAACAAUAUGUGUGUCUAAUCAAGAUUGCAAACUAGGUAUAUUGGUCUGCAAUCAGGAAUCUGCUGAUUAUAUUGUGAGGUUUUGUGAAGGUAUGUGAAGUGAUUUUUACAUGUACAUAGCUUUGGAUAAAAAAAAAAGAGUAGUUUUAGGUUUCCUGAAGAGACAUUGUAAACAGUUGACAAAGUAUGUUAUCUUGCUUAUAUUAAAAAGAAUGUUAUCCCA